GUUCCGGGCUGGAGCCGCCGACGCGGAGGGGGACGGCUUCCUCUUAAAAGAGAAACGGCGGCGGCGCGCGCUCGAGGUGGGCCCCUGUCCUUCUGCGGCUCUCCGGGCCCGCGCACGAGGAGGCGGGAGAGGCGCAGGCGCAGUCGGGUUGAGGGCGGGUGGGGGUGCGCAGGCCCUGGUGCCCAUGGCUGCCUCCCCGGCGGACGCAUGCCGCACGCGGCGAGAGAAGCGGCGACAGCUGGACGCGCGCCGCAGCAAGUGCCGCAUCCGCCUGGGCGGCCACAUGGAGCAAUGGUGCCUCCUCAAGGAGCAGCUGGGCUUCUCCCUGCACUCCCAGCUCGCCAAGUUCCUGCUGGACCGGUACACUUCUUCAGUCUGUGUGCUCUGUGCAGGUCCCAAGCCUUUGCCCCCCAAGGGUUUGCAGUAUCUGGUGCUCCUGUCUCAUGCACACAGCCGAGAGUGCAGCCUGGUGCCUGGGCUGCGGGGGCCUGGGGGCCGAGAAGGGGGGCUUGUGUGGGAGUGCUCAGCAGGCCACACCUUCUCCUGGGGCCCCUCUUCAGGCCCCACACCUCCAGAGGAGCCCAGGCCAGUCCUCCUUCCAAGUACUGCCCCAAGAAGCUGGUGCCCAGAGGCCAGGAGCAGGCAGGAGCCUGCAGGUCUGGAAUCUGAGCAUGAUGAGAGGACUCAGGAGGCCAGGUUGCCCAGGGGGGUGGGACCCCUACCAGAGACCUUCCUGCCCCCAGGAGAAGAAGAGGAGAAGGAGGAAGAUGAAGAUGAAGAGGAGAUGCUCAGUGAUGCCAGCCCAUGGACCUACAGCUCCUCCCCAGAUGAGCAAGUUGGGGCUGAGGGAGGAUGCUUAGCAGAGCAGGAGGAGGGAGGGGGCAGCUGGUCAGGGAACCCAGAGCUUUGCAGACUCUAUGGGAGAGCUUGUUGGUGGCGAGGGCAAGCUGGACUUUGGAGAAGGCAUAAAGAACUGGAGGCUUUGAAUUUGGUGGAAGGGGGUAAAAUUAGGCUCUGGGGGAGAAGGAAGGCUGAAAGCAGAUGUGAACAGAGAUCCUGGGAUAGGAGUUGGGUUGUUCCAAGUUUGGGAUCUUUGCGAUGUAGGGGCUGGGUUGGGCUGAAGGCCCAGAGAGAAUGCCCUCAUUCUCUUCAUUCUCCUUUCAGCAGUGAGCCAGAUGCCCCACACCCACCCCCUUCCCCUGUCACCCACGAACUUAAGGAGGGGGAGACAUCCAUGGCCCCCGAAGCUCCCCCAGUUCCUUUUGCUCUGCCACCCUCAUCAGCAUCCUCAUUGGGUUCUGGAGCUCCUCUGCCUGCAGAAGUCGGGGUACAGCUGGAGCUCACCGGGACCCUUCAAGUGGCCCAGCAGAGUCAGCCCAUGGCCAGCCCUGGGAGUCAGUCUCCCUCUGCUCUGGCCUCCACCUGGGAUGAGGACACCGCACAGAUCGGCCCUAAGAGAAUUAGGAAAGCUGCCAAAAGAGAGCUGCUGCCAUGUGACUUCCCUGGCUGUGGAAGGAUCUUCUCCAACCGGCAGUAUUUGAAUCACCACAAGAAGUACCAGCACAUCCACCAAAAGUCCUUCUCCUGCCCGGAGCCGGCUUGUGGGAAGUCCUUCAACUUUAAGAAACACCUGAAGGAGCAUGUGAAGCUGCAUAGUGAUACCCGGGACUACAUCUGUGAGUUCUGCGCUCGGUCUUUCCGCACCAGCAGCAACCUCAUCAUCCACCGGCGCAUCCACACUGGAGAGAAACCCCUGCAGUGUGAGAUCUGCGGGUUCACCUGCCGCCAGAAGGCCUCCCUGAACUGGCACCGGCGCAAGCAUGCAGAGACAGCAGCUACUCUGCGCUUCCCUUGUGAGUUCUGUGGCAAAUGCUUUGAGAAGCCAGACAGUGUUGCAGCUCACCGCAGCAAAAGCCACCCGACCCUGCACCCAGCCCCACAAGAGUCACCUGGCCUACUGGAGCCCUGUGCCAGCAUCUCUGCCCCUACACCCCUGGGGUCCAGUGAUGGGUCCAGGCCCUCUCCAGUUCCUCAGGCUCCGACCCUGCUCCCUCAGCAGUGAGCAUUCCCCAGGCUUUGGGGAGCGAGACCCCAGGGACUGAAAAGGAGCAAGGAGGAGAAGAGCCAGAUGCCUGGUCCCUGGAACUAGAACGACAGGAAGAGCAGAGUGGGGGCAAGACUGGGCUCUAGGGGACCCAGGCUACUUUAGUCUUCCUAAAGGACAGAAUAAACCCAGUAUUUUACAUGGA